GUUACACCUGAUGCUGAGGGAGAGUAUGAAUGCACGGGUACCAAUAAGUAUGGACAGGCUAAAGGUGCAGCGAAACUCCUAGUUGAAGACGAUCACUCACUACUUGUAAACAAUCCAACGCAGUACGAUUCGGCCAGGUACAAGUGUGUAGCGAGUACAAAGCUUGAUAAAGUCGAGAAGGAAGUUCAAAUCCAGAUUAAGGAUGUGCCAGUACCUGUCCACGCUGCAUAUGUUAGCAAGUGUGAUGCGGAUUCGCAGUCGGCUGAGAUUAGUUUUGAGCACAUGGAACCGGCUGAUACUGUUUCGCCUGUUAAGGAAUUCUGGGUUCAAUAUCAAAUGGAUAGUGAGACUGAAGGGACUCAGUGGCGAACUCAUCCAGUUCCUGUACAAGCGCAUCCAAACGAUAGAAUCGAAGGCGAUCAACGAAUGGUCAGUGGCAAAGCUACAGUGGCACUGCAACCAUUUGGACAUUAUGUCUUCCGAGUUCUUGCUCGAAACGCAGUCGGAGACAGUUCUCCAACAAGAGUAAAAGACGUAUGCAUUACUCCUCCAAAACAACCAGACAGGAACCCAGCCGGAGUUUGGGCUAAAGGCGCCAGUCCUGAAAACAUCGUCGUCCAUUGGCGUCCUAUGGCUCGAGAGGAAUGGAAUGGGCAGAACUUCCACUAUAAAAUCAAGUACGUUUGA